AUGGCUCUCCGUCGCUUCAACGCAGGUGGCAAGAAGCAGAAGGAGCUGACAGACGAACAGAAACAGGAGAUCAAAGAGGCCUUCGAUCUCUUCGACACCGAUGGCUCAGGUGAGAUCGACUCCAAGGAACUGAAGGUGGCCAUGCGUGCCCUGGGCUUCGAACCAAAGAAGGAAGAGAUUCAAAAGAUGAUCAGCGAUGUGGACGACGAUGGAAGUGGCACCAUUGGCUACGAAGAGUUCCUGAAGAUGAUGACCCACAAAAUCCUGAACCGCGACCCGAAAGAUGAGAUUUUGAAGGCUUUCCGGCUCUUUGAUGAUGAUGAGACUGGCAAGAUCUCCUUCAAGAACCUCAAGCGUGUUGCAAAGGAGCUUGGCGAGCGCAUGACUGACGAGGAGCUCCAAGAGAUGAUCGAUGAGGCGGACCGCGACGGAGAUGGUGAGGCCGAGUCACCGGAGGACUUGCUGGGCGUCUCGGCACGAGCUUCGCCUCCAUCAGGCCUCAGAAGCCGACCAGCUGCGGCACGAAGCCGGCGUGAAGAAGCGCCUAAAGAGUUCCUUCCGCUGGUUGCAAUGUCGCGUCGGUGGCAAGAGCUGGAUAAUGAGGCCACCUUGCUGCGUGUGGACAGCGGUGACCAGUUGGUCGACCAAUUUGCGUCGCCGCGAGAUUCACGUGGAGAGGUUGCCUCCAAAGCGUUGUUAGCUGUGGAAUCCAAGGAGCACCAUGAGAAGCGAUGUUCACAGGCACGGCGCCGACGCCGCACCUGGCACUCUCGUCGUCGGAGUCGGCGCUGCCGCUCCUUGUCGCUGGCCAAGGCGCCACUGAAGGUACGACUUAGCGCUCCCCCGAUGCCAGUGACAGUCGUCGAGCCGGCGUCGGCAGCGCCGCCAGCGCAGGAAAUGCCUCAACUCCCAUCACAGGUGGCCGAGGCUGCGGCGGCGGGGCGCAUGCGGGCGGAGUGGGAGAAGUUGCAACAGCAGCCCGCUGUCGCACAUGCAGUCGCUCCGGCCGCACCCGGGGUCGCUCCUGCAGACGACGGACAGGGAGCCGGCCGACAGGAUCCCCUCAACGCCUGCUGCCGCGCCAUUGUCCACGUGCUCUUGAAGGAAGGCAUAGGAAUUGAGAAGUGCAUGGUGACCACCAUCCAGUCCUACGCCGCCACUCAGAAGACCGUGGGUGGCGUCUCUGCCAAGGACUGGCGUGAAGGACGGUCGGUGUGUUGUAACAUUAUGCGGAGCUCCACCAGAGCUGCAAAGGCUGUGGGCGAGGUAUCGAUGAAGAAGGCCACUCAGAUGUACAUGAAGGGCUUCUUGUCCUUCACCGAUGAGGAGUUGGUGUCCAGCGACUUCAUCCACAACGUGAACUCCUCCAUCUAUGACUCCAAGGCCACCCUGCAGAUCCAACCUGAAGGGCGAGAAGCGCUUCUUCAAGAUCCUGUUUUGCUAUUCCGACCGUGUGCUGGACCUUCCUCCCGCAGCACCCGGAGUCGCUCCGACGGACAGGGGCCCUUGCGGUGUGUUUGGCAUGAUUUGGAGGAUGCCCGCCUGGAUAUGGACUUUGCUUUAGCACAUCCAGAUCCUGCUGACAGCACGCAUGUUGUGGAUGUCAUUGGCAAAGCCGCUGACUGCAGUGCACCGGGGGGUCGAUGGCGAGUUUGGUUUGAGCGUUUUGAGGUUGAACUUGGGGCACGGGCCUUCAAUCAUGGGGAUAGUAUCCAGGCGCAUAUCUACCGGACUUUCAUGCCUUCAUGGGAUCCAGAGGAUGAAGUUGAAGAUAGGAUUGAGCUUAUGCAAAGAGAGGCCGCGGUCUCCAGCCCUGCACAGCCGAUUGCACCCGCUGGAGCCACCACUAGUUCUGAACACCCUAGUGUGGGUCAGGCUGAUUCCAUGCCCUUUUGCUUCAACGUAGAUGCUGCUGAGUUUAUUCCAGGAAGGCCACCUACGUCGGCCUUACCUGAACGCCUGCAGGACAUUUACACCCUCUGGAACUGCCAUGCCUUUGCUUGGGAGGAGGGUGCGUAA